GGAAGGUUUGGUGAGGGACUGUAAAUCUGUACCACUGCGUACUGCGUUUACUCCGGCUCCUUAUCUGCACCUCGUGUAGAGCAUCUAGCAAAUUUGUCUUUUGGGAAAAAAGCAAAAAUUUUGACGGCCAUUUGGGUGACAUCAUAUACUGUGCAGUCGGCAACAUCGCUUCUAUUUUAACAUGGAUCUUUUGUGGAUCGUGUGUCUGACGACGUGCUUUUGGAUUGUGUCUGCUGAGAGGCAUAGUGUUUACUGGAACAGUUCGAAUCCGAAGUUCCUAUGGGACGACUACACUGUGGCUGUACGGAUCAACGACUACCUUGACAUUAUCUGCCCCCAUUACGAGGAAGGGGAGAUCCCCUCUCACGCAGCUGAGAGGUACAUUCUCUACAUGGUGGAAGCAGAGGACUAUGACACAUGCAAACCACAAUCUAAGGAUCAGGUGCGGUGGGAAUGUAAUCGGCCACUUGCUCUAAACGGGCCAGAGAAGUUCUCAGAGAAGUUCCAGCGCUACACUCCUUUUACCCUGGGCAAGGAGUUCAGAGAAGGCGAAACAUAUUAUUAUAUCUCAAGACCUAUUCACCACCAUGGGGAACAAUGCCUGAAGCUGAAGGUGAAGGUCGUGGGACAAAAUGGGUCCCAGCAGCCAAGAACCUCAGGAGCACACACACCAGGACUGCCAGCAGAUGAUCCUGCCAUUAGUGCUGCAGAUGUGAUGAAGAGCAUCGGCCAUAAUUCUCAUGCCCCAUUUGUGCCGGUCACCUCCCUGGUGACACUGCUUUCUGUUCUGUGUGUUCUGCUACUGUGAGAGUGGAAGUGAAUAAUCACCUUUUUGCUCAAUCUGUGAAAGCUGGUGCCCUUCCUGCUGGAUGCUGGAGAGAAACUGAGACAGGAAUUCACCUAACAUGCCAGGCAGGCAAUUUGGGGCACCAGAAGCGGCCAAGUGGGUGGCGGAAUCCAGAACCCAACAGACAUUUUGUGGGUGUUCUACCCUUGUUUACAAAAUAACAGUCAUUGGUUGAAUGAAGCUCUCAGACAGGGGUCAUCUUCCUGGUUUGGGCAAAAGGCAACGCACUUGUCACCAAAGAUGGGCCCAUUGCAGGAAGCAGAUUCUCUGUUUUGUGAUCAUUCUGCUUUUGUGGCAAUUCCUGCUUGCUCUGCUGAUCAAAAAUAAUGCAAGUCCUAAUAGACAUUCAGACACAGUGAAUGAAUGGACUCAAUCUUAGUCCAGGCUGAAAUGUGCCUGUGACUUGUGGUCAUAAUAUUCAGAUAAGCAAGUGAAUGGGGAGAGCUGGACUCCCCCUGAUUUGGACAACGCCUUUUGAAACUUUUUGCUCUUAAUGCACUCGUGCUGGUGGAUGUCAAGCCCACUGGCAACUUUGGACACAUGUCAAGCUGUGUAAGCUUGAUGUCAGACUUUGAGACAGUAUUUUUUUUUUGUGCCUGGUCAGAUGCUGGUAUCUGCAGGAAAACUGGAAUUCAUAUGCAAUGUAAAGAAUGCAUGCUUUGUUUUGUACAGUGUAAAAAGUGUACAGAUAUGUCAUAUUAACUUAAUCAUGUAAGAAAAUGUAGCACAUCAUGUAAGAAAGUGGAUCAUGCAGACAGCACACAAACUGUGUAUUAAAAUGGUUCAGAUUUAAUGAAA